CUAGUAUUGACGUGGUUGUACUGUCCUAAUACACCCUCACAUGGCAAUUUUGAUCCGCAUAGAUACUAAUCAUCUAGACCACAGGGAUUGGUGGAAGUCAUGCAAAACCGUUUUUUCCGCAUUCAUGUAAAGAUGGUACUGAAGCAGACACAUUGAGCACACGUUUGGCAUGUCAAGGCUUGUUGUACUAAUUACAUAUGCCACCAACAAAGGGGAUGGAUACAAUUUGGGAUUUUAACUUCCCUGGCCAGGACAGUCACGCAAUACUGGAAUAUAAAAGAAAACCAGAAACCCUGAACAUGGGUUACAGGAAGCCCCAGAGAGGACAUUCCCUGUAUUCUUCAGAGGAAAACUGGGGGCGAAGCUCCAUCAGGAGACCCCCGGGUUUGACCUGUUGGACCCCAACAUGAGAGUCAUAGAUGUUAGUUAUAACUGCCUCCACGACAAACACCUGAAGUGUUUUUUCCGCCAUCCGGAAAGGAAGAAGCGGCUGGUGAAGCAAGGCCUCAUCACCUCAAAUGAGAAGGUGCUGUGUACGUGUAAGGAGUACAAUCGCUACAGUGGCUACAUCAAGUCAGUUCAGUUGCUGUGGGAGAAGCAGUGCUGUGCCCAGCAGAAAAAUCUUUUGAAGCAGUUCCUAGUCUUGCAGCAGCAAGGGGAGGUUCCGUCCCACAUCUCACUGACGGAUAUUAGAGAGUGGCUCAUUGCCAAGGGUAGAAACUACUUCAAGAACACGUUUCAGAGUGAAAUGGAAGAGGGGAAGAACCUUCACUUGGCCGAACUGGCUUGGGAGGUGAAACGACGCCUCAGGCUUGAGGAGCUGGAAAGAGAAGUGUGCAGGGAGCUGCGCCUGGAGCGCCGAACUGGACAGCCUGGUAGCCAGAUGGGAGAUUGGAGACCCCUGGGCAUGGAGACACACACACCUCUGGUAAUGGACUCUCCCUUCAGACACUCCACCUCCUCGAUGGACACUCUUUCCAGUCAGAUCUCGACUGAGAACCUCGAGGUUGCUAGGCUACAUACUGCCAGACCACGUUCCGCCAGACCACCAACUGAAAGACCUAGCAGUGACUCUGAUCACUCUGGAACCGUGUCUACUGUGAUGACCUGCUCACCACAUUCAGCUAGCCCGUCAGCGAUUACUGUUAGGGACUUGCUGCUCAUGAUUGGACACAUAACAAGCUCAGUAUUGGAGGAGGUUAAUAGCAUUCUGAUCCCUGCCUUGGUUGACCUUAUAAGGCUGAGAGCUUCAGAAAGUGCUGCAGAGAGUAUGCUCCCCAUCAGCAAAGACACCAACCAAGAUUCAAGCCAGGGCUCUGUCAGCUGUACCUCCUUACUCUCCAAAGUCAAUGUGAUCUGUCUCACUCAGAGUCCUGACAGUAGGUCCUCCCCAAUCUCCAUUGAUGAACCAGUCACUGCUGUCCAGACUUGUUGUAGCAGCAGUUCUCUGUCCAGUGAGGAACGAGCACACUCUUCCUCCAGUCAGAUCUCUACUAAGAACCUCCUGGCUACUAGGCCACGUUCUACCAGGCCCCAAUCUGCCAAACCGCCACCUGCUAAACCACCAACUGCUAAACCACCAUCUGAUAAACCACCAUCUGAUAAACCGUCACCUGCUAAACCACAAUCUGUCAAACCGCCAACUGCUAAACCACCAUCUGAUAAACCACCAUCUGAUAAACCGUCACCUGCUAAACCACCAUCUGCUAAACCACCAUCUGCUAAACCACCAUCUGCUAAACCACCAUCUGCUAAACUACCAUCUGCUAAACCGCCACCUGCUAAACCACAAUCUGUUAAACCGCCAACUGCUAAACCACCAUCUGCUAAACCACCAUCUGCUAAACCACCAUCUGCUAAACCACCAUCUGCUAAACCACCAUCUGCUAAACCACCAUCUGCUAAACCACCAUCUGCUAAACUACCAUCUGCUAAACUACCAUCUGCUAAACUACCAUCUGCUAAACUACCAUCUGCUAAACUACCAUCUGCUAAACCACAAUCUGCUAAAUUACAAUCUGCUAAACCACCACCUGCUAAACUACAAUCUGCAAAACUACAAUCUGCUAAACCACCACCUGCUAAACCACCAUCUGAUAAACCGUCACCUGCUAAACCACCAUCUGCUAAACUACGAUCUGCUAUACCACCACCUGCUAAACUACGAUCUGCUAUACCACCACCUGCUAAAUUACAAUCUGCUAAACCACCUACUGCCACUGACUACUCUGGAACCUUAUCUGCUGUGGUAGGUCGUGGGCAUGUCCUCCCUGUCAAACUGACCUUGGCCCCUUUCUCCUCCUUACUCUCCAGCGAAGAGACCAACACCAACCUCCCCUCCAGCAGCCGCCCCUCCUCGUGCUCUAUCAAGAUUUUAGACAGUAGGAGUGGCAUUCCUUGCUCCCUGGCUGUGAGCUCUAUUUCAACUGUUCCUGGACAUGACUCUAGCAGCAGCCCUGUGCGGGAGAAUCAAUUUGCUACUGAGGUCUCGUCGAUCUGCCUCAGCCAAGAUAGAAAUGGCCAAGGAGGGAGUGUGACACCUCCAGCCCCUUUGGAUGUUUCCCUCCCCUCCAUUAUUGAGCAGGCUGGCGAGCUUGUAUGUUCCGUCAUCUCCAAGUCUUUAGCAAUUGUGGAGGCGCGGUCAAGUGUGAAUGGUGAGAAGGGCUCUCCGUCUCCCACCACAGUCUCCCAUUCUCCUACAAGGGUGUUUGUCAGCCACUUAAGGAGUAGCCCACUAGGUGAGGACCUUGUAGAUUCAACACUUGCGAAUGUUAUCUCUGUCCUGAAAAUGGAGGGAAUUCUUUCCUCCUCUCCGACUUUGGAGGAGGAGCUGCUUGAUCUCUCCUCCAGUUGUUCUUCAUCAUCCAGCGAAACACUGCAAUGUGUGUCUGUUGGCCCUCUUGGCGGUGGGUCGGAGACGUCCUUCAAACUUCUUGGGGGUCGUACUCUGAGUAUCGCCACCCCAACGGCCCAUGUUAUCACAGAGGACUUAGAAGUCUACAGUGAUGAGAUCAUUGACGAAAUCCUUAUUAUAAUGAGGACCAAAAAAGAUGAUGACAGUGGAAGUGACGUCUCUGGUGCAUCAACACCAUGCAGCACACCAGCACCACAGAGCCGGUCCUCUUCUGCACUGAGGGGAGUGCUUCCCCAUGACAGGAGGAUACUCAGCACAACACUGCUUGGAAUCCAGAACACACUAGACAGUGAGAACCUCUCAGGAGAGUGCUCCAUCUCACCACAGGACAAUGCCAGAGUCCUGGAGAUGAUAAAGUUGCUGCAGAGGCGCCUUGAUGGGACACCCUCAGAGUCCUCCAUCCAUAUCACAGAUGUGGCUUCACCCUUGGGCUUUCCUCUCCCUGUAUCUCUCCAUGCUGUUCAGUCGUGUGUAUUUGCCACUGACAAAGACCUGAAGGCAGAAAGAGUGAAGGGAGUCUUUGAAAGCCUGAGAUCCCAGUUUAUGAGCUACUCCAUCAAGCCUGUGAGUAACAUCAUUACCAGGGCAACAACAAAGAUGGCUGCCUCCAAUCAGGUUAGUUUAGAGACACUCCAGGCAGCAUCAGCAAAAUCAUCUGCUGUGGCUCAGAACCUUAUUAGUUCGGUUUUAUUUCAAGUUGCCAAGGUGUCCUGCUCUGAUGACUUAGAGGGUCUGGGUGAUCAUCUCAGAUGCCCCUCAACUUUGACCAGAGUUCUGACACCUUUGACCUCAGAGAAAGCUACACUGACACCUGCUGUUCUGAAGAUCAGAAGGGAGAUGUGUAAGGAAGUGGCCACCGAACUCCAGAGUUUCUUGAUCAAGGAAUCCCUUACUGGUACCCAGACACCAUCCAAUGGACAUGUUUGCACUUCUGGUUCUGCCCCAAGGGAAGCUGUGCGGGACAUCCUGAGGAAAACCAAAGAGGAGGCUUCCAACAAAAGCCUGAAUAAUAUUUUCUCUGUUAAUUUGGAUGAGCGGCUCACAGACUCCAUUGCAGAUGCCUUAUAUCCAAAGCUGCAUGACACAUUGGAGUCCAAGAGAGAGCUGCAGGCUUCUUAUUACAGCUCCCAGAUCAGCUGCAGCCUCAGCCCCUUCGAAGUUGAGAGCAGCCUAGAGCUCCAGGAGUUCACUGACCCACUAUCUGAGUCAGUAUUGUGUCUCCUGGAUAGGACAUUUGGAGAUAAAGCUCAGAACUUAAAGACAGGCGGGGGUGUUUUACAAUAUGUCACAGACCCAACCUAUAAGAAGCUUUUGAUUGGACCCCACACCAACGACGUCAAUGUGGUUGUGCACACGAUUGCAGUAGAGGAGUUGCCUGUUGAGGGUUGUAUUGCGCAAAGUGAGGCCAUUCAUGGCCUUCACAAGAAGCAAGAGUUACCUUCCAGUGGCAGAGGGAAUGAGACUCAGAGCCCUACUAAUUGCCUGCUGGAGGGUGUAGUGGGCAAACUGGUACGGAAGAUGCUAUUUCAGGGCCUUGACAUCCCUGAGGUACCCAUGAACGACAGCCGCUCUGAGAGCUUUAAGCUACAGUAUGAACUGGUUGCGAAGCUUUGUCCUCUGAUGGUAAGGACAAUCAUGGCUACAACCAUAGCCAAUCAACCACCUACUAUUCAAGAAGCAGUGAUGUCAUCCGAGAACAUCCAUGUGAAAGAGCUGUGUGAGGCAGGUAUCAAACCUCUCAAAGAGAACCAUGUACCCAAUGACUCUGAGACAAACAUCAUGGUCAGAAGGGCUUUGAGUGAAAUUGAAUCCUGUAUGAUUGAGAACUCCGACAAGGACUCUCCCAGUCUACAUUCCACACCAGAGGUGGUUGUAGACCUGAUCACCAAGCUGCUUCAUGGGUAUGAGCUUGACUCAGAGGACUUUGCAUCACCUGUGUCAUCCCCAACCACCACUCUCUCUGAUGUGGCAAUGGACAUGGUGGUUUCUGUCCUUCGGGACAUGUCCGAUUCCCCAGACGUUCCCUCAGCAUUGGAAAUGACCAAGGAUCUCAAGACGCCGUACUCCCGCCCCUCAAGUGCAAGGAUUGUAAGUGCCCUCUGCAGAGAGCUGGAGGAGCACAUGGGCUCUCCUGAUGCUUUGAGGCGAGCUUUGAGCCGCGGCAGCGGGGAGAUGACAACAGCCAUUGCGAGUGCAGUCACCAGGGAAGUCAACCGUCUGGGUUCAAUCGUACCCAAAGUCUCUGUCCGGCCGCUCUCCUCAGACAUCUGCCUAAGGACAGACCAGGACAAGGUCAUGGUUAAGAGCCGAUGUGGCUCGGCUGAGGUGAAGGCAUCCCAACCGGUGUAUAUUAUUGUUCACGUAGAGGCGGUGAUGGAUAUCAUUGUCCGGCUGCGGUCUCUGAUUGUUCCUCGGACCCAGAAUAAACUGGCCAGCUGGACCCUAGUUGAGGAUGUGACCAACAAGCUGUCCAGUGCUCUGUGGGUGAGGGUGACUAACAGGUGGAGGGAAGCAAAUGUCUGCCUGAAGGCAACAGACAUCUUUCAGCUGGUGCUGUCUGUGCAUAGAAAGUUGAUGCAACGCUAUGGCACAGAGGAAGCCCUACAGAAGAUACUGUGCCACAAGGCACCCAAGCUGCACAAGGACAUUGUCUGUCUUGUCACGAACGCAAUUAUGGAUGCACCAUCCAAACUUCAAGGCACCAAAAAUCUGGAAUCUACACUCAACUUGAAAGAAUUGACAGCCUUGUUUAAUGAAAUGACAACCCGUCAAUCUUUGAAUGAGAAAGCUGAGCAGAGCAGCAUCAAGACUGAGAUUGAACAGCCGGAGUGGUCCACUGUGGAACAAGUGACAUCCGGUUCCAGCAGCUUCAUUAGGGAGCUUAUAUUAGAAGAAGUCCUGAUGAAGCUUGUCAAGAAGAUAUGCCGUAUGCCAAAAAGGACCAACAAACAUCAGCGCAUCCAGAUCAGUGAUCUGGUGACUGAGCUGAUCCGAUUGUUUGAUGAUGAGGUGGCCAAAUAUCUGAUUGAGGAAAUGGGAAGCCAGCAAAAAAGUUUCAAUUCUAAGAUGACAUCGAAGCUGGCAGAUGCCAUCUACACUGACCUUGGGAAGGUCAAGCGUUUGAAACGCUCCUUGAAAAUUGACGAUUUAUUUGAGGAUCAGGAGAUGCUUUCCAUUGUCUCUGUCAUUGUUUCCCACAAGCUACUGGCCAUCUUGAAACCCUCAGUGCCCAGCGAGACCUCAGACCUUGAAGACUCAUGCAGUGAUGAUGUGGAGGAUGUGGAAUCUGAGGGGGUGCAUUAUGCCACCGGCAGAAAGUCCAAGAUGAGCAUUGUCCUUAAAGUCACUACAGACCAGCCAGAGAAGUACAUUGCUGUGGAUUCUCCACCUAUGAUUAAAUUAUCCAAGAUGAGGAAAGGCAUCCGGGGCUUCUUCUGGAGAGUCCAGAAGGCCUGGAAACGCUUGGUCACCUGCAAGUCCCCUGGGUCCUCUGAUGGGUAGCCUGGAUGACGUGCAGCCCAUGUCAGUUGCUUUUGCCAGGCUACAUCUGAGGAGGACACCACAACUGGCCUCAAUACAACAUUUUUAUUUUUGUUGUUCAUUUCUGUUUUCAUUUUGAGUCCCUUAAUGCUGCUAUAUUUGAACCAGGCUGUCAGUGGACUAGCUUGCCAUUAGUUUAUACUCCUUAAGGAAGAGCCACUAUAGGCUACUUAACACCAAAAUUCCAUCUGGGUCUUUUGAUCCCUUAUUAGCUCCCACUCCUGUAAAUAGGAAUGUGAGCUUCUAAAUGUCAUUCAGACAUCUACAGCUUCUCCUGUGAUUAGGAAGAUACGAUAAGAAGCCCAACCAAUUGACUAGAUGUGCUGUACAUCUGAUGCCCUCUCCCUAUUGUAAUCAUUGAUCCACGUCCAUUGCAGCCUCUACAUUUGAUGUAGAUAUUUAGCCUAAAUUAAAAAAUGACAAGGAGGGUAGGCCGACAGCAGCUUCUACUCUUACGAUUAGGAAAGUGGUGCUAAACUUUUUGGGCUUUGAGGAACUAUGUAUUUUAUUUUUCAAUCACUUACAUACUUUUUAAUGGUUGUUUUAAUAAACCAUUUGUAUUACAGAUUUGGAUUAAUAUUGUAUCUUUUAUAAUUUUUCAUUUUAAUUUAGGUAUUAAUUUGAUGACAUGGGACUAAAGCGUAGUUUAUACCCUACAUACAUACACAAUAACUUCAAGCAGCUACACAAAAACACUCUACACAAGAACGCAGGAUCAGCAUUUAGUGAAGCGUUCUUGUGUUGCAGACGAAGGGUAUGAACUAGGCUUAGUCAUUUUAUGACUUCUAUACGGGUAUAUAAUGGUAUCCAUAGUGCAGUAUUAAGAUAUUUAUUAUGGAGCUUUAUAGUAGACAUAAUGUAAAUGAAUAAAAGUGAAUUGAUGUAUGUCAACUUGAUGGUGAUAUUUGUUUGCUCAACAAAAGCUAUAUUGGUGUUAGACGGUCUGAAGUUGCCUGACAUUCAGGUAUUUAUUUAAUUGGCACGGCCCUGAAAGAGGUAGAAAAGACCUCAAGAUGGCGACAAAUAUCUUCUAUCAGAAAAUCAAAUCAAUGUAUUUAUCACAUGCGUUAAGGAGAACAGGUGAAAUGCGUACUUACAUCUUCCUCUAACUCUGCCUUGGCAGAGAAGGGCUUGAUGAAUCAUAUACAGUAUAUUGAAUUCAGAGUUUCUAGUGUGAAAUACAACAUUGCUGUCUGCCAAAUUAAUUAGCAGUAUUAAAGCAGUGAGUGUACAAAACAUGAGUGCUCUUCCCAUGACAUAGAUGGACCAGGUGAAUCCAGGUGAAAGCUAUGAUCCCUUAUUGAUGUCACAGUGUAGAUGAAGAGACAGGUUAGUGAAGGAUUUUUAAGCCUUGAGACUAUUGAGACAUGGAUUGUGUAUGUGUGCCAUUCAGAUGGUGAAUGGGCAAGACAAAGUAUUGAAGUGCCUUUGAACGGGGUAUGGUAGUAGGUGCAGGCACACCGAUUUGAGUUUGUCAAGAACUGCAACGCUGCUGGGUUUUUGACGCUCAACAGUGUCCCGUGUGUAUCAAGAAUGGUCCACCAACCAUUCAGAUAGACAGAUAGAUAUACAAGGGCAAUCAACCACGUGAAGGAGUCCAUCCACAGAAACUAGUCCCAUCGUUCUAUGACAAACACAGAUGGUUUUAUAUCAAAUUUAGAGUUCCUUGUUGGUUUGGCUGUACACUGAGUGUACAAAACAUUAGGAACACCUUCCUAAUAUUCCAUUGCACCCCUUUUGCCCUCAGAACACCCUUGUCGAGGCAUGGACUCUACAAGGUGUCAAAAGCGUCCCAUAGGGAUACUGGCCCAUGUUGAUUCCAAUGCUUCCCACAGUUGUGUCAAGUUGUCUGGAUGUGCUUUGGCUGGUGGACCAUUCUUGAUACACACAGGAAACUGUUGGCACCUACUACCAUACCUCGUUCAAAGACAAUUCAAUCUUAAAUCUUUUGUCUUAUCCAUUCACCCUCUGAACGGCACACAUAUACACUCCAUGUGUAAGGUGUGUAAUGUAAGGUUUGAAGAAAGUUUUCUGCAAUUCUACAUAUUUUGCUAUGGGACAGUGAGAACUUUUUAUAACAAAUGUCAUGCAAUUAUACUCGGUAUUCCAUGGGGCACAGAUUUUUUUUUUUUAAGUGCAGUUUUACAGUUUAUUUACUUCAAUUUUACCCAUUUUUCCAUGGGGUGGAUAGAAAUGUUUGCAGGUUUAAAGCAAAUUUUCUGCAGUUCUACACAUUUUGUAAUGACCUAUGCCAUGUUAAUAAGAUAUCUGAGUGUGAAUGACUAACAAAAUAACUGGGGGUCAGGGUCCCUGGGCACGGCAUUUGGCCAUAAUUAUUACUAGUUUAGAUAGCCGGCUAAACUACACUACCAAAAGUAUGUGGACACCUGCUUGUCGAACAUCUCAUUCCAAAAUCAUGGGCAUUAAUAUGGACUUGGUUCCCCCUUUGCUGCUAUAACACUAGAUAUGGUAACAUUGCUGCGGGGACUUGCUUAUGUUCAGCCACAAGAGCAUUAGUGAGGUCGGGCACGGAUGUUGGGCGAUUAGGCCUGGCUCGCUGUCGGCGUUCCAAUUCAUCCCAAAGGUGUUCGAUGGGGUUGAGGUCAGGGCUCUGUUCAGGUGAGUCAAGUUCUUCCACACCGAUCUCGACAAACCAUUUCUGUAUGGACCUCGCAUUGUGCAUGGGGGGAAUUGUCAUGCUGAAACAGGACAGGGCUUUCCCCACACUGUUGCCACAAAGUUAAAAGCACAGAAUCGUAUAGAACGGAGUUGUAUGCUGUAGUGUUAAGAUUUCCUUUCACUGGAAUUAAGGGGCCCAGCCCGAACCAUGGAAAACAGCCCCAGACCAUUAUUCCUCCUCUAACAAACUUUGCAGUUAGCAGUAUGCAUUGGAACAGGUAGCAUUCUCCUGGCAUUCGCCAAACCCAGAAUCGUCUGUUGUUCCAGAUGGUGAGGCUUGAUUCAUCACUCCAGAGAAAGUGUUUCCACUGCGGCGAGCUUUACACCACUCUAGCCGAUGCUUGGCAUUGUGCAUGGGGAUUUAAGGCUUGUGUGCGUGCGGCUGCUCGGCCAUGGAAACCCAUUUCAUGAGGCUCCCGACAAACAGUUCUUGUCCUGACGUUGUUCCCAGACGCAGUUUGGAAUGCGGUAGUGAGUGUUGCAACCGAGGACAGACAAUAUUUACGCGUUACACUCUUCAGCACUCGGCGGUCCCGUUCUGUGAGAUUGUGUGGCCUAUCACUUUGCGGUUGAGCCGUUGUUUCUCCUGGACAUUUCCACUUCACAAUAACAGCACUUACAGUUGACUAGGGCAGCUCUAGCAAUGCUGAAAUUUUACAAACUGACUUGUUGGAAAGGUGGCAUUCUAUAACGAUGCCACGUUGAAAGUCACUGAGCUCUCCAGUAAGGCCCAUGGAAAUUGCAUGGCUGUGUGCUUGCUUUUAUAUACCUGUCAGCAACGGGUGUGGCUGAAAUAGCCGAAUCCACUAAUUUGAAGGGGUGUCCACAUACUUCAUGUGUAUGCACAACCACAUUUUACUGAGUACAUUUUUUGUGGGGUUUAUUUCUUUAUUUUUGGUCGGGGGGCCCUCUAGCAGUCGGGGGCCCUAUGCAACUGCUUAUGUCGCUUAGGCCUGGAACCGGCCCUGAUGGUCAGUGCACAAAGCCACCUCUGUUCCUUUUGACAUUCUAUACCAUGAGUUGCUCAAUAUCAAGUACGCCAUUUAGCAGACGCUUUUAUCCAAAGGUUGAAAAGAGGUUGAAGAUUCCUUUUUCAUUGUCUGUUGUUAUGUUUUAACCAAUGCUACAUCACAAAGAGAGCAGUCUCCUUGCCAGACAAAUGCAUGUGUUGAAUGCAGUAUACUUAGAGAUGUGACUGACAUGUGUACAUCUCCCUAUAUGUAUGUGUCAUGGGUCAGGGUUACAAAUACUGUACAUGUAUUCCCUGAGAACUGGGGGCUCUUUUCUCUCCCUCAUCUGCCUCAUAGCACCUAAUGAGAGAUAGAGAUUCAGCUAUAGUCUGAACACACACUCCAGAGCCCAACUAUGAGAAUAAUCUAUAUGUGAACGUAUUACUCCACUAGAGCACAGUGGCUCUAAAUUGCUCUCUGCUUCAGCGGGUAAGCAUUAGAAAGCUGAUGUCUCCUUCAUGUCUGGAAAGCAUGAAUAAACAUGAUUUAAGGAAGGAAAUUAAUAUUAUGUAAUAUGACUCUAAUGACCAGAAGGAAUGUAUUGAAUUAAGCUGCCUAUUGUAUAUAAGCGGACUAAAAUUAUACUAUGGCAUUAUUCAUUGUCGGGUAAAGUCAGUGAUAUGAGAUAUGGUAUGUUUAUUGAGGCAAGUAGAACAUGGGAAGAAAGGGGCUUAAAGUCAGACUUAAUUAGAACUAGGGGGCGCAGUUUUCACUUUUGGCUAAAAAGGCAUAGCCAUUUGAAACUGCCUAUUUCUCAGCCCCCGAAACUAGAAUAUGCAUAUAAUAGUCAGAUUAGGAUAGAAAACACUCUGAUGUUUCCAAAACUGUAAACAUUGUGUCUGUGAGUUAAACAGAACUGAUAUUGCAGGCGAAAACCUGAGAAAAAUCCAACCAAGAAGUGGCCCUGUUUUUGAGACCUCUCUGUUCCCAUGCAUUCCUAUUGCCCAUAUAAAGGGAUAUCAAAUUGACUUAUUUUUCUAUGUCUUCCCUAAGGUGUCAACAGACUUUAGACAUAGUUUCAGGCUUUUAUUUUGAAGAAUGAGCCUGAAAGGGCACAUUGCGUAAGUGGAUAGGUGGGGGCUCUCCGAGUGAUUUUUGCGCAAAAGUGAAAGGCAGUCAUUGUUUCUCUCGGUCCUAGUGAAAAGCCAACUGUCCUGGUUGAUUUAUUAUCGAAUAGAUAUUUGAAAAACACCCUAAAGUUGGAUCAAAAACAACGUUUGACAUGUUUUUGUGGACAUUAUGGAUAUAAUUUGGAUUUUUUUCCGGCGUUGUCGCGAACGCUUUUUCCGGUGGAUGCCUGGGCAUAACGCAGCAAACAAAACGGAGGUAUUUGGAUAUAAAAAAUAUCUUUAUGGAACAAAAGGAACAUUUGCUGUCUAACUGGGAGUCUCGUGAGUGAAACCAUCCGAAGAUCAUCAAAGGUAAGCGAUUAAUUUGAUUGCUUUUCUGAUUUUUGUGACCAAGUUACCUGACGCUAGGUGUUCUUAUUGUUUUGUCGAGCGAUCGAUACAUUUACACAAAUGCAAGUAUUGCUUGCGCUGUAAAGCAUAAUUUCAAAAUCUGAGACGACAGAUGGAUUAACAAAAGGCUAAGCUGUGUUUUGCAAUAUUGCACUUGUGAUUUCAUGAAAUUAUAUUUUAUUAUAUACUGUUCGCGCUAGGCUACGCUAUGCUAGUCAGGGUUUCUGAUGACAAAUAUCCCGGAUCCGGGAUGGGGAGUCCAGAAAUUAAGAACAUCCAACAGUUGUGCAUCAGGCAAGUGCAUUACCAAAGUCAGACUUUUAUGUGGAAAGCCCACUGAUGAACUUUCUUUGAAGUCAUGUUAUUAUAAUCUUUGAAGUUUAUUAUUCAAAAAGUGAUAGCAUCAUUGUUGACCGGACCUAAGGAGGAUGGUAAAAGAGAAAUUUUGUCUACUCUGUGUGAAAAUAAAUCACCCUACAGCUUUUUCUUGUAUAUUCUUCACAGUCCUGAGACGAAAUAAUCAUAGGCCAUAAGGCUGCCUGUUAAUCCGUCAUCUCUGUACUCUUUUCUUCAAGACAUCCUGGCCAGGGACGGCACUGGGGUAGGCAGGUCAAUGACUUGUCUAUCUCAAAUCAACGAGAUUAAAGAACCAGUGCUGCUGUAGGGGAUCACACAUCAUUUGAAGCCCUUAGACUGAAAUCAGACAUAAAAAAUUAACCGUGGUAAAUAUCUGAGUACUUCAGAAUAAUUUAUCACUUGCCUUCUGAUUUGAUGUACCAUUUAAUAGGCACACUAUCUGACAGAAUCCCACAGCAGUGGGCUCUAAAUGGUAAUAUAGUGUUACUAACUCUGUUACAGUAGUUUAGAACAGUAAAGCACAUCAUCUAAAUGACCCUAAAAUCCUAUUAGCCUUUUUCUUAACCUUUGUCUUUUCCUUUAUAUAUUCAAUUAUGAUGUAAUUAUGUCAAAUAAAACAAUAUGUCUCACAGCAAAUGACUAUCACACUUCUGCUGAUGCAGUGAAAAGGAUUUGUCUGAAUUGUUAUCAAUAGAUUCCCCAACUUUCUGAAAACCGUCCCUGUGAUGAUGUAUGAAUAAACAACAAUGAAGCCCUUUCAAUCUGAUAUUCCUAUCAGGGUGGGAUUCAAUUUGAAAUGGAGAUCAAUGGGAAGAUUUGACAUGAAUGCUCCAAUAGAGCCAUACUCACAGGUUGCAUUGAGCCUCCCAAAUGGCAACCUAGUCCCUAUAUUGUGUACUACCUUUGACUAGGAAAGGGGCACUGAUAAGGCUUUGAAAUGUUUUAGAAAGGAUUUUGCCUCAAAAUUCUUCUGAGCAGACCAUCUUUCAUUUCAGUCAGAGGUAGUCUUGACUGAAUUCCAUCUUAAAAUGAGGGGAAAGAAGACCCAAGUUUGCCCCGUCCUAAAUAGCAAUACAACUAUAUAAAGUCGGGGUCAAGUUGGGGUAAGUAAGCAUUUCACUGUAAGGUCUACUACACCUGUUGUAUUCAGCGCAUGUGACAAAUGACAUUUUAUUUUAUUUGAUGACACCUGACAUUGUGUUGUGACCACUAUGCAAAAAAAUGAAUACAUAAAUAUCCUGUAGAAAAAUAGAUUGUAUUUACAACCACUGGGAAAUCAUUCUGCACUGUGUGAAUCUUUUGUGUUUCCACAAGUUUCUUAUGUAUUUCAGUUUUGAGCUUUGGCUGCCUACUUCAUUUCCUACAUGCCUUUUGAGAGCCCUCAUCCUAGAAUCUUCACUAUGAAUCCCGGUCACCCUUACAACAGUUCUAAUAAAAAUGUAUGUACUUUG